AUGGGGAAUGUUACUGUGUUUAUUCUCUUGGGACUUUCUGACAAUCAAAACAUUGAAGUCCUCUGCUUUGUAUUAUUUCUAUUUUGCUACAUUGCUAUUUGGAUGGGCAAUGUUCUCAUAAUGGUUUCUAUCACAUGCACUCAGCUCAUUGACAAACCCAUGUAUUUCUUUCUCCAUUACUUAUCACUUUGUGAUCUUUGCUACACAUCAACAGUGAUACCCAAACUCCUGACUGAUUUACUAGCUGAAAGGAAGAUUAUUUCCUAUAAUAAUUGCAUGACACAGCUCUUUGUUCUUCAUUUUGUUGGUGCCAUCGAGAUCUUCAUUCUCACUGCAAUGGCCUAUGACCGCUAUGUUGCCAUCUGCAGGCCCCUGCACUACACUGUCAUAAUGAGCAGACAGAGAUGCAAUGUACUCCUUACGGCUUGUUGCACUGGAGGAUUUGUACACUCAGCCAGUCAGUCCCUUCUUAUUGCUUUUUUGUCCUUUUGUCAUCACAAUGAGAUAGAUCACUACUUCUGUGAUGUAUAUCCUUUAUUGAAAUUGGCUUGCACUGAUACACAUAGAAUUGGUCUCUUUGUUAUUGUUGAUUCUGGCCUAAUUGCUUUGGUGACAUUUGUAGUUUUAAUGGUAUCUUAUUUUCUGAUAGUACACACCAUUAGUGUUUACCCUGCAGAGAGCCGUUCCAAAGCUCUUUCAACAUGUAGUUCACAUAUAACCAUUGUAGUCCUGUUUUUUGUGCCUGUUCUCUUCAUUUAUAUCAGACCAAAUGUAACAUUCCCAGAGGACAAAGUGUUUGCUCUUUUCUACACCAUCAUAGCUCCCAUGUUCAACCCUCUGAUCUACACACUGAGAAAUCUAGAGAUGAAGCAUGCAAUUAAAAAAAUGUGGUAUCAUCAAAUAUCUUCAUACAAGAAACAAAUUCCAUGA